AUGGAGCUAGAAUUAUCCCGAGUGGACUACACCAUCGUGGGCAUCACCUCCACCAACUGCCUCAAACUCCUGCCCCCAUCUGCCGCCAAAGAAACCCAAAAGGUUGCAGUGGCCGACAACGACGGAAUCCUCCAAAUCUUCUCAGUCAAAAAGGAAGACAUCCAAUUACACUUCAAAACCCUCCCUGGACCCACAAUAUUGUCACUGCAGUUGGGCGGAGCUAUAGGAAGCCCCACUGAUAAGAUAUUCGUAGCAUCGGAGAACGAAGUCCGCGGGUACACAAAAAAAGGGAAACUAUUCCUGACUUUCGAUUCCGGGAUGACUGAAACAAUCACAUCCAUGUUUGUUUUAGGGAACGAUUUGUUUUUGUGUGGUAAGCACAUUUACAACCACUUUCGGGACUGUAAAGACGUAGGGUCGUACCUUUGUGGUGACCGGAUAGUCGACGUUGUCGCUUUUUACGCAGACAAGACCCGCAGACUCAUGUCUUUGAUUGCCUGCGAAGGUCGCAUGAUUCGGGCUUUGGAGCACGCAAGGGUCACCCUUAGUAUGGAGGUGGAAAGUUCCCCGACCCUCCUCCACAUCCUGGAAGAAGACGGUACCAAAACCACGCUCUUUGGUACUGUGGAUGGGCGCGUUGGAAUCCUCGACGUUGAAAACCAGCAUGGUUUUGAUCGCUGGUUGAUCGACAAUUCGUCCAACUCGAGUACCAUUUCCUGCUUGGACACGUACGACAUGACCGGUAACGGUACUAAGAAUUUGGUACUGGGUCGCCAGGAUGGUACUAUCGAAGUGUAUAUAAUUAAUGUGAAUGAUAAGAUGGAUUCGUCCAUUUUGAUUUAUUCGCAUAACUGCAACGAAAGUGUGUCUUCGCUGCAGUGUGGAGUGGUGGGGAGUCCCGGUUUCGACGAGGUUUUGGUGGUUACGUACACCGGGAGGAUUUUUGGCUUGACGACCGAAGCUACUGAUAAGAACGUAGGGGGUGAUAGUAGCGUCGGAGGGUACAUUUUUUCGCAGGAUACGAGUAACAAAAUCAGCAAAUUGAAGAACGAAAUUGAGGAUUUGCAGAUUAAAGUUGCUAAGGAGAGGGAGAAGUACCAGAGUUCUACUCAGUCGUUUUUCGAGGAGUUGUCAGCAAUUCCAUUGUUAGCAAUCAAAGACAGCUUCGUCUUAUCCAAAGAAACCGCCACCUACACCCUCACCAUGGAGGUCCCUACGGCCAUCGACAACAUCCUCCUCCACAGCAACGUCCCGGUGGCCCUCCUCGACGUGGAAAAAAAUUCCGCGGUUGUCAGCUACAGCGACUCCGACCGUUCCGUUGGAAAUUUCCUCCUAGCGACUUAUCGCUGCCAAAUCAACACCAACCGCCUGGAGAUUAAAAUCCGGACCAUCGAAGGUCAAUACGGACUCCUGCAGGCCUACGUCACCCCCUUGGUCCAACCCAAGUGCAGCCGCCUCCAACAGUACGAAAUCAAACCACUUUCACUCCACUACAGAAUCCACAACUUCGACCAAAGUCGCCUCUUUAACACACUAACGAUUAAGGGUAGUUUUAGCCUGGCCGAGAUGCACACUUGGGUGUACCAGUGUUUGCCCGAAGUACCCGAAAAGCCGCAAAUCGCGGAAAACACGGUCCUGCACUUUGAGUCGACUUUCCUAGGCACGAUUUUGGAGUGUUCGUAUUGCAAAGGAGAGGCGUUUUUUAAAACCGACAACGUGUCGACGAUAUCGAUUUUGAAGGAGUUUCUGACCAAGGAGGCGACGAAGAAGAAAAUCAAAAUUGAUAUAAACUCGAGUAUUAAUGACGAAAGUAUCAAUCACGUGAUCAAGUUAAUAGAGCCGAAGUUGCUGAAGCAGAAGGACCUCAACAACAACAUCACCCUUCUGGAUGCUUUGAACGAACUAGAAAUCACUGAAGAGGAAAACGUUGCUUAUUUGUCGUCGAAGUACAAGGACUUGUUGAUGAAUGAGAAAGACAUACGUAGGGAGUUUCAAGCCCAACCUGACCAUUUAGACCGGUUGUAUGGUAUUAUUACCGAUUUGUACGUCGACUUUUACAAAUUCAAGGGUGCUAAUGUCAAAUCCAGGCUGGCAAGGCUUCGGGAAGUCCUUGAUGGGUAUUCGUACGAUGCCUUGGUACAGUUUUUUCGGCCAGAAGUAUCUAAAUAAUUGCGUGUUUGGAAAAUAUUGAAGUGA